AUGAAGCUAUCAGCCAUAAUAGCCCUCUGCUCUCUCGUGGUUGCUUCCGCCGUGCCCCUCACCAGCAAGGUCCUCGCCGCCGCGCAGAACUCCUGCCAGACCCCCGGCGGGAAUCAAAUUGCGAAUCUCGCCUGUCGUAACACCUGCAUUGCACAAGGUGGAGGCUGGACCGGGGGAUUCUGUGAUGAUCAGGAGUAA